AUGACACAAGGGUCCCUCUUCCUCUUCAAACCAAUCUGGAAGCAAAUCCAGCACUUCUACGUGUAUGCAAUUGUGGAUGGAAAGGCUAAGAAGGGGGUUCUACAAAAGGUUGGCCAAAAUGCCAAGGGAAUAGCAGUUCCAAUUGUCAAAUGGAAUGAUGGCACCACCAUGGAUGUUACCUUUAAAUCUCUUAAAAAGGAUAACCACCCUGCCACUGCCACCUCUUCCACUGCUCCCAAGACUUCCUCCUCCUCCUUGCGCAACUCUGGUCCCUCACCAAUGGACUUAGACUCUGCCUCAUCUAAAGGCAAAAAACCAAUUAUAUGCGCAACAUGUGGAGGUAGGGGACACUAUGCCAACCAAUGCCCCUCCAAAUCCUACUCUGGCCAUGAGGCCCAUAUCUCUGAGGAUGAGUUGGAAAAUGGGGACCUCUGA